UUAAAGCAUGGAAUACAGAAAACAACAAAGAAGUUCAGCUAGUGCUCUGGUCUCAUCUGAAAUUCUACAGCCCCAGCCUCUGACACCUGUUCAGUGUUCCGAAUGAGUGAAUGAAAUGUCCUCCAAUUGGUAAAGCUGUAAUGCAACAGACAGAAGUCCAGCCUUCUGCUCUUCUGCCUGAUGGGUGUGAUCUUUGCUCUGCUCCAGUUUUCCUAGCUUCUCCAGAUCCGGCCAUCCUGGUGCCUCUUCCCGCAGGCUGCUCUGUCAUGGCAUUCUCUCAGACCACCCACCCCUGAGUGCAAAGAAAUUUCAAGCAUUCUGACUACUGCUUACUACUGAAUGUUCAGUUGGUGAAACUGAAGGUCUUCCACUCACUCAGAAGAAAGAAAUCCAGAAGAAGAAGCUGAGCCACUUGCUUCUGAGCUGCUGUGGAUGGCCCUGGCUCUCCUGACCACACUCCCCAGUAGGAUGUCACUGAGAUCCCUCAAUUGGAGCCUCCUGCUGCUGUCACUCCUGAGCUUCCUCGUGAUGUGGUACCUCAGCCUGCCUCAGUACAGUGUGAUAGAGCACAUCAACUGGAUGUACUUCUAUGAGUAUGAGCCCAUUUACAGGCAAGACUUUCACUUCACGCUUCAAGAGCAUUCCAACUGCUCUCAUCAAAACCCAUUUCUUGUCAUCCUGGUGACCUCACACCCCUCCGAUGUGAAAGCCAGACAGGCCGUUAGAGUUACUUGGGGUGAAAAAAAGUCUUGGUGGGGAUAUGAGGUUCUUACAUUUUUCUUAUUAGGCCAGCAGGCCGAAAAGGAAGACAAAGUGUUAUCAUUGUCCCCAGAGGAUGAGCACCUUCUCUACGGUGACAUAAUACAAGAUUUUUUAGACACAUACAAUAACCUGACCUUGAAAACCAUUAUGGCCUUUAGGUGGGUCACUGACUUUUGCCCCAAUGCCAAGUAUGUCAUGAAAACAGACACCGAUGUCUUUAUCAAUACUGGCAAUUUAGUAAAGUAUCUUCUAAAUUUAAACCAGUCAGAGAAGUUUUUCACCGGUUAUCCUCUAAUUGAUAAUUAUUCCUAUAGAGGAUUUUACCAAAAAGCCCAUAUUUCCUAUCAGGAGUAUCCCUUCAAGGUGUUCCCUCCCUACUGCAGUGGGUUUGGUUAUGUGAUGUCCAGAGACUUGGUGCCAAAAAUCUGUGAGAUGAUGAGUCAUGUCAAACCCAUUAAGUUUGAAGAUGUUUAUGUUGGGAUCUGUUUGAAUUUAUUGAAAGUGGACAUUCAUAUUCCAGAAGACACAAACCUUUUCUUUUUGUAUAGGGUUCAUUUGGAUGUCUGUCAACUCAGACGUGUGAUUGCAGCCCAUGGCUUUUCUUCCAAGGAAAUUAUCACAUUUUGGCAGGUUAUGCUGAGGAACACCACAUGCCAUUAUUAAAUUCAUGUUCUACUCAAAACUUAGAGAAGGACAGGACACUUUGUGGGACGCGUCAAAGUUGGCACUGUAAUGGAACACUCAUGAGAAGGUCACUGUGUUGGCUUGCACUGAACUGAAAUUCAUGAUGCACCCAUAGACUAGA